CUCCAUGACGAUAGAAACAAAGUCGCACUCCCGUAAUAGAAAUCUUGGAAUGGUACUGCCAGCAUUUUGUAAACAAUGCCUUUAUUAAUAGAAAAAUCUGUUCGGCUAUUCAAUAAGCAAUUUUGAAGUGUUGCUUGUUCAACGUGCAAAGGUAAGAAACCGCGUUUUUACGUAAAGCUGUCAUCAGUCAUCCCGAACAUCAAAUAAACGUACCAAAUAGAGGCGAAGAAAUGGAAUGCUAUCCAAUGGAAAUAGAUAAACCGAAGCCGGAAAUCGAAACAGAAACCGAAGUAACUAGCAAUACGGAUUUGUCGGAAGCUGUGUCAAAAUUAAUAACUGACAAGGCUGAAGACGGUUAUCCCACAAAUACCCCACAAAAACCGAAACCACCCAAAGCCAAGAAGAGAAAGAAACCAAAGGAUGUUACGGCCCCAAGACAACCUCUAACAGGAUAUGUCAGGUUUUUGAAUGAAAGGAGGGAGGCUGUUCGCAGUGAAAAUCCCAACCUGUCUUUUGCUGAAAUAACUAAGAUGCUUGCAAGUGAAUGGGGUACCCUUCCUGCUGAGAAAAAGCAACAGUAUUUGGAUGCUGCAGAACAGGACAAGGAAAGGUAUACUAAAGAGUAUGAUGCAUAUAAGAAGACAGAUGCAUACAAGAAUUUUGUUGAGCAACAAAAAGACAGGAAGAAUAAAGAAGUUGCAGCCCCAAAGGAUGACCAGAAACUUCUUUCGAACUCUGUUAUUACAACUACCACAUCCACCCCAGUAAUUACAAAGGAGCCCCAGGAUAUGGAGUUUGGCAAUUUUGACAUACCAAUCUUCACUGAAGAAUUCCUGGACCACAACAAGACCAGGGAUUCAGAAUUGAGGCAGCUGAGAAAGGUGAAUACUGACUAUGAACAUCAGAAUGCCAUUUUGCAAAAGCACAUUGACAAUAUGAAAAGUGCCAUAUUGAAAUUGGAGACUGAUAUAUCCCAACAGUCUAAAAACAAUACUGCAUUGCAACAACAUUUGGAACAUCUUCGGACGACCUUAACUAACGGAUUUGGCGGUGUUAAGUUACCAGGAAUUAAAGAAGUAGCAACAAUGCAGAAUAUCGACACCUACAUGGUAAAUUUACAUUCCAUUUUGCUCGAAAAUAGCAGUAACGACACCAAUUUACUACAAACUGUUCGCGAUAUUGUUUCAAACUUGGAAUUCAAUGGAUGACAGGGAUCCAGAACAUCUAAAAGAAAAAGAAGGACGAAGAGAUACUAGAAUUUUUAACGCUUUAAUUUUAAAGACAGUUCAGAGCUUUUAACAAAAAUUAAAUUGUAAUAUUGUUUGCGAAUGGACUCCAUUUUAAUGCGAUGAGUUUUUCUCUCAGUAACACGUUGCGACAGUAACACUUGUACGGUUUCAGUUUCCUUAAUUGUUUAUAGGUAUUUCUACAUCUAUAAGAUUGGUGUUUUUAUACAAUUUUAUAGUGAAAUAUUGAAUUGAAUUCUUAAAUUUGAGACGCAUGCAGCAAAAGCUAAGAUUUACCCUAAUGCACUUGCUCAGUGCGUUAGCAUUUUUUAUUAUUGUUUAAAGUAUAUUAACAUGACGAUUUCUACGUCUAAAAAUGUAUAUACGAAUUAUUUAUAAUUCUGAUAUUGUAUUGAUUACUUUCUGUGAUUAAGUAAUUUAUUGUUUGGACAAUUUGUAUCCAUUUAUUUUAAUAAAUAAACGUAUAAAAAUCA